GACAAUCUCGGAGGCCCCGCCUAUAUAUCUGUAAUUUUUAUUAUUUCAGCUAUUUUAUACCGCGAUGUUAUUAGUAUAAAACAGGAAUCUAGGUAAUAUGCUUUACUAGUUUCGGCGUAACGUUCAUUUUAGUGUCUGACCAAUAGGUCUUUCAGUAUCGGAAACUAAUUAUUGAUUUACCGUCUUAAGGCAACAAUAGUGAUAUUUAUGUGGUUUUUUAGAAUUACUUUGUCAUGAAAUAGUGUAAUUGGAAGAUUGUGGCGGCCAGCGGACUGAAGCAACGAUGGUUACCUGUAGAGUGGUGUGUUUAUUGGCGUUGGUGUCGACGGCGGCGGCACUACUAACAUCGCCGCCUAAGAUGGUGAAGCAACCGCCACUGAAAGAGCAGCUGUUCCAGGUGGCACAGCCGGGUGAGGUCGACAAGCCUUUCAUCAUCGAGUGCGAGGCUGAAGGAGAGCCCGCGCCUAAGUACAGGUGGAUCAAGAACGGCAAACCGUUCGAAUAUACGAGUUACGACAAUCGAAUCUCACAACAACCAGGCAGAGGCACCCUCGUGGUCAGUCAACCACGGGACGAGGAUCUUGGUCAAUACCAAUGCUUCGCCUACAACGAGUGGGGUACGGCAACAUCCAACUCCGUCUUUGUAAGAAAAGCGGAACUCAACUCGUUCAACGAAACCGAUGGACAGCAAAAAACAGUGACAGCACAGGAAGGGCUUCCUUUCAAACUGACCUGCAUACCUCCAGACGGUCACCCUAAGCCGAAAGUCUACUGGAUGUUACAAGGCGACCAAGGGCAGCUAAAAACCAUAAACAACUCCAGAAUGACCUUGGAUCCGGAAGGAAAUCUUUUCUUCUCAAAUGUGACUCGCUUCGAUGCAAGUACAGAUUACGCUUACACUUGCGCAGCGAAAUCACUUUUCAGGAAUGAAUAUAAGCUGGGGAACAAGGUGUUCCUGGAAGUAGAGCAGACAGGAAUAUCGCCGGCUUUAAACAAACAUGAGCCAGUAAAACAAUACGUGACAAGAAAAGUCGAGACUGCGCUGAAAGGGGAAAGGACGGAGUUAUAUUGUAUUUUCGGUGGAACGCCUCUACCGCAGGUAGUGUGGACCAAAGACGGCAGACCGAUCCUCUCAUCUCACGGCAUAACUCAAGACAACUACGGCAAAACGCUGGUGAUCCGGAACACGAGAUACGAAGACCAGGGCACUUACACUUGCGAGGUCAGCAACGGAGUGGGUACAGCGCAGUCGUAUUCUAUCAGGCUUAAUGUGGAAGCGGCACCAUUCUUCGACAUCGAACCGGAAUUCCAGAACAAAGCUGAAGGAGAAACAGCAGUAAUACGCUGCAAGGCCCAAGGCACACCUGUACCUCAAAUCUCCUGGAUCCACAACGGCAAGCCCAUUGAACAGGCGGAACCCAACCCUAGAAGACAAGUGACUGCCGACGCCAUUAUCAUCUCCGACUUGACUAAGAAGGACACGGGCAAUUAUGGCUGCAACGCUACGAACUCAGUCGGCUACGUUUACAAGGAUAUUUAUAUCAAUGUUCAAUCUAUCCCACCAGAGAUCAAGGAAGGUCCCGAGGACCUCGUGAAAGUGGAGGGGUCUGAAGCUGUGCUUAAAUGCCGCGUGUUUGGAGCGCCCAAGCCCAUCGUGAAGUGGAUGAGGAAUGAGGUUGAUGUUACCGGUGGAAAAUACACGAUCAAGGAAGAUGGCGAUCUGGUUAUCCGCGACGUUUCCUUCACGGAUGUCGGCAGAUAUCAGUGUUAUGCCAAGAACAAGUUCGGAGAGAAGUCUGCCUUCGGCACGCUCACCGUUAAGAAGCGCACUGAAAUCACGGACAGACCGGAAGAUUACGAAGUGGCAGCUGGCUCGUCAGCUACUUUCCGUUGCAACCCGAAAUCGGACGACUCGCUGAAGCUCGAAGUGAUCUGGCUCAACGACGGCCAGCCUAUAGAUUUCGAGGCGCAGCCGCGGUUCAGGAUGAGCAACGACUACUCGCUGUUGAUCUCUGACACAACAGAGUUGGACUCCGGGGAAUACACUUGUAUUGCACGAACUGAGAUUGACGAAGCAAGAGCUCAGGCCACUCUUACCGUUCAAGACAAACCGAACCCACCGGAGCUAAUAGGGCUGGAGUGCGGCCGGCGUGUCGCCAAAAUCAGCUGGAAGGACAUGGGCGAUAAUCGCGCGAUCACACUACGUUACACCAUUCAGUACAACACCUCGUUCACUCCCGACACGUGGGACAUUGCCAAUGACAACGUGCCUCAUGCAGAUAAGACCUGGAGCGUUGAGCUUAGCCCUUGGGCUAAUUAUACUUUCAGAGUAAUAGCAUGGAACAAGAUCGGGCCGUCCGCGCCGUCCGGUCACUCCGAAGUUUGCACCACGCAACCAGACGUGCCUUACAAAAACCCCGACAAUGUCGAGGGAAAGGGCAGAGAUCCUACUAAUAUGGUCAUCUCUUGGUCGAAAAUGCCGCAAAUUGAACACAACGGGCCCGGGUUCUACUACCUGGUGUCGUGGCGGCGCAACAUCACAGGGCAGCCCUGGACCGAGCAGCAGGUGCGCGACUGGCAGCAGACGGAGCUCGUCGUGCCCAACACGCCCACCUUCGUGCCCUACAAGAUCAAGGUUGUAGCAGUAAAUUCGAAGGGAACGUCAAAUGUUACACCAGUGGAAGUUAUAGGGUGGUCUGGCGAAGAUACGCCCACACAAGCUCCUACCAACUUCACAUUAAUACAAAUUACCACAGGCACAGCUGCCCUGCUUAGCUGGGACCCUGUACCGCCACAAACUGUCCGAGGACAUUUCAAAGGGUACAAGAUCCAGACCUGGGUGGAUGGUGAAGAAGACAAUCCAAAAGAAAUUCUAGUCAAAGCCGACGCCACAAGCGCUCUAGUCUCAAAAUUCAAGCCAUUCAAGAAGAACCACGCCCAAAUCAUGGUCUACAACGGAAGAUACAACGGUCCCGCCAGUGAGAGACUGACUUUCGUCACUCCUGAAGGAAAACCUGGACCGGUCAAUUCCUUUGAGGCAUACCCUAUUGGCUCAUCGGCUAUGUUACUCAAAUGGGACAAACCUCGUAACGAAAAUGGUAUAUUAACAAGCUACAAGAUUUAUUACAAGAAAAUGUCAGGAACCCAAGAAGGACCGUUGCAGGAGAGAAAGAAGGAGAUCGAUCCUAAAUUCGACCGAGCGAAGUUGGCUGGUUUGGAACCGAACACCAAAUACAGGAUCGAGAUUCGCGCCAAGACAAAGGCCGGGGAAGGCGAGAACUACUUCGUUGAGCAGUCGACCAAAUCUUCAGUGUCCCAGAAACCUGAUGUACCAAUUUUUGAGACGAAAACUUUACCCGCUAAGGAAGGAAGCGCGGCUCAUAUUUUAGUUCGUUGGCUGCCAACUCUCGACGGACACGCAGGGACGCAUUUCGUGGCCUGGUACCGGCUGAAGGGCCACCCGGAGUGGUCGAAGACCAACGAGGUAACGGAGGAUGACUACGUGAUUCUGACCGGACUGACGCCGAGUCAAGUGUACGAAGUCAAGAUCACCGCGCACGACGGAGAUUACUACAGUGCCAGCGAAGUUAAGGACGUCGAUACGACUAUCGACGGGCCGAUGAUAAUGCGCGACGACAAGAUGGCGACGGCGGGCUGGUUCAUCGGCGUGAUGCUGGCGCUGGCCUUCCUGCUGCUGGUGCUGGUGCUGGUGUGCGUGGUGCGGCGCAACCGCGGCGGCAAGUACGAUGUGCACGAUCGCGAGCUGGCACACGGCCGCCGCGACUACCCCGACGGGGGCUUCCACGAGUACACGCACCCACUGGACAACAAAUCUCGGCAUUCGAUGAGCAGUGGCACUAAACCAGGCCCGGAGAGCGACACCGACUCUAUGGCUGAAUACGGCGAAGGCGAAACCGGUCGCUUCACAGAAGACGGUUCGUUCAUCGGGCAGUACGUGCCCGGCGCGCGCGUGCUGCCGCCCCCGCCCGUGCCGUUGUCGCCGCCGUCGCCGCGCGCGCCCCCCACCGGCGGCAAUGCACAGCCCCCCACCUACGUCUAAGCAGUGACGUCACAGGUUCCAUUUAUCCAUAGUCCCUCGUAACUAUGACGUUCGAGUUCGCGAAUUCUGUUCAUUGAUCACAUUUAACCUUUCUGCUAAUGUUACUGAACACUUGAUCGAUAAUGCUAUGUUAAAAGUUUUGAAAUUAUUAUUAUGGUAGAAAUGUUUUAAAUACGUUUCAAAAUUAAGACAAAUCUAAUAUGAAAGUGACGUCAUAGUUUACCAAGUGACCAACAGUGGGGCUAUCUUUACAAUUUCUAAAGAGAAGACUCGUCGGUAAUGUGUCAAGCGUAAUAGCUUCCAUCCGAAAGGAGCAAGCGUGAACGAAAUAAACUUCGUUAGUUCUUGUUACAUUACUAAUUAAAUCUUGACGAGUGAUCAAUAAUGUAUAUCAAAAGCUAAGCUGCCAAUUUCAUUUGAACAAGCUGUAAAAAUGGCAGAUUUUUUAUUAAUAUUUAGUUAAAAUUUAUUAGUGACGUAGGGCCACAGGUUACGCUGAUUGUAAGCCUACAGUUUGACCUUAAUGGUGUCGGUAGAAGGCUAUUUCCAAAAUCGUUUAAAUGUCUCAUAAAAGCAAGUUUCUAAGAAUAACUAAUUUGACAGAACUAAAAUUAGUCUCCUUAUUUAACGUAUAUUGGAAUAAUGGGGCACUUCUCUUGCUGUAGCGUGUAGUUUUAUAAACGCUGCUUGAUAUUACUACUACAAUCACUAGCAGAAAUUUGGACGGACCAUAUUCCUAUGUCCUAUAGUAAGUACUGUACUGUAAACACACUACAUUAAGUACGCUACAGUAAACAUGCUACAUUAAGUACACUACAGUAAACACGCUACAUUAAAUACGCUUCAGUAAGUACGUAUAUGAAACGAAGAGCUGCCUUUUAAGGUACGGCAGUGUUUUAACUCUGUCAAAAUGGUUGGAUUUUAGAAAUGUGUGCAACAGUAACUCGCUUGUAGUAAUUUGAAAAGACGCGAGUACUUAAAUAUUCUAUUCGUUUCCAUCCAAUAAAUAUGUAUCUAAUUAUAGCAGACGUGAAUUGUCCUAAAACUCGCAAAGGAACUUUGAUUGGAGAUUUACCUCGACUGAUUCUAGUGUUUUAGUAGAUUUAUACGUAGCUUUCGUAAUAAAAGGCCGUCCUUGAUUGAUACUGGUGCCAUGUAGCGUGCCUAUCGACUGGUAAAUUCGACAAAUCAAAGCUAGAACCAGUAUUAAAUGAUCCCGCCUUAGUUGGAGUCUCCUUUAACUGGUAAUUGCCUGAUAAUGCAAUAAUCUAAUAUAAGACGAGCUUUCAUACCACAAGUAUCAAAUGAGGACGGUCUAAAGUACUCGCGUCGUCGAUUCACGAAUCAAAACAGAUUUGUUUACUUUAAGACUGAUUUUAAGUAACUACAAAAUAGUCUUUGUAACCUGACCCUUUUCCUGAACAUUGUAGUUUUUAUUACUAUCAAACUUAAAUAAAUCUAGGGCUCAUGUUGCUCAUGCGCAAAGAAGCUUUAGUACUAAUUUAGAUGUUUAAACGGAUACAAAAGUUCACUUCUGUUCGUAGUUCCUAAGUGACCUUUUGUAGCCGAUAGGAAGCAAUAAUCGUCGCAAUAAGUUCGUCGUCAUAAAAACUACAAUGUCAUGGAACCUUCUGUACCGGCUUAUUAGGCGCAUAGGCGGCUGGCUCGAUAUCAAUUACUCGUAAUUAGGGAUACGUAGCGGAAGACUCGAAUUUAAGAGAAGCUAUUUUUUUCACAGAGAGUAAGGUAAUAUAGCUCUGGGUGCCGGUGGUCAGAUAAGCCAAUUCUUGAGGGCAAACUCUUGUAUACAUAAGUUGUUUAAAAGUGUAAUAAAGGUUGUAUACUUGACUUGUUCUAACACUCAGUAACACUUUACGCUUUAGUAAAGCUGGUCGCACCGCGAGGGAAGCUACACUAAGUUAGCUUUAGUUUAGCGUUUUACUUUAGCGUAUACAUCUGUUCACACCGCGAACUAAGCUAACGGAGCUAAGGUAGCAUAGUUAGUUGCAUGCAGCUACGUGAGUUAAGCUAACUUAGCUUAGUUUCACUCGCGGCGUGACUUGCGCUUUAGAACCGAAUUAAAUAAAUCCGUCUCAAUUGCAAGAUCAAUAUUAAGAUCUUGCAUAACUUAACUGUUUUUAUUAAUAAUCGUCACGUGAGUGCGCAUAGGGCAAUAUGAGUAUAUGUUCUUCUCAGUAUAAGCUAACAGUUCUGCACCGUCAAAAUUUAAAAUCUAAUAUGAACGCUUGUAAUUUCAACAAUACUCGUUGAAUAGCAGAAUCUGCAGAAGCCUCGAAAAUUACUGAGCGAAAAUCUAGAUUCUAGCUAAAUCCAAAAAGGGCACCACCAAUAAUCGAAAAGAAGAAAAAGAAGAAAGAUUCAUUACACUAUUUGAGAGCAGUAAAAAAAUCUAAAGAUCAUUAUAAACUCCUUUUCUCUCAAUGUCACUUGAGAUGGGUUGAUGAUUGUAUUCUAUGAAUAUAAAUGAAUCUCAGCCGAUACGCACUUAAUACCAGAGUUAGUAGCAGUUUAUUAAUACAAUCAACGGGUAAUUAAUAUUGAAUGGCUCGUGGAAUAAAAUACAGCAGGUAUACUCCGUUACAUUGUCCUCUGUUACUGUCUUCAACGAAAAUAACGUGAUAAUUUAAAGAAUAAUACAGCAUGUUGGUACAGGAGUUUGUCCUCAAAACUAUCGUUAUUCUAUCUCAAUUAUUUUUUAUAAAAAUCUCAUAUUCACUAGAUCUUCUAAAUUUACUCACUAUGGACCACUAAAGAAAUAUUUUUUAGCAUUAAAACAUAACGUACUAUGUUUAUCCCAUCGACCAAACUUAUUUCAAUUCACCAUUGUAAAGAAAAUUAUUGAAUUACCUCCAUAUUUGCAUAUUAUAUUUUAACGACGAGAAAAAGUGUUAUAAAAAAUAUUUUUUUUAUUGUAUCAAAAUUAGUUUUUAUUAAUAUGCAAUGUCGUCACUUUUAGCACGAAAUGGUGGACAAAAGUGAGUUUCGUCAAAAUAAAUAAAUUUCGCCAGUUGGUGUUGCAAGAGACGAUAUGGGCUUCGCGGAUAAUUUCACCAUGUUUGUGCGAAAGUUAGGUAAGCACUGGGAAAAAUAUAUAUUUUCUAAAAUAAAUACUAUUUUUAUAUGAUUGCGAUUUGACCACCGGCCGACGUUUGGUGCUUUGCGAAGUAUCGAGGGGUGUAUGUAUUUGGUGUUGUGAUCGUGAGUAGCGUAGCACGGAAUAGUCCCCGGUCCUGUGAUUGUCCACGCAAUUGUGAACGUGACGGUCUACGAUUACGACGAGAGAUGUUAUUUCACACGACAUCAUUAUUAUGACAACACAAUCGGCAAAAUUGCUAAAUGUCUAAUUGAACAACGCGUUGUGACAUAUCAUAAAUUAUGAUGUAGUUGUUUGAAUGAUGUUGCCAACAUUUUGUCGCCAAUGAUAACAAUCGCAUUGCUGGGCAUCAUAAGUUAUUGAUAAUGAUUGAUAUUUUGAAAGAAACUACGAAAAAUAUUCUAAAAAAAUCACCUUAAGCAUACAUUGUAAAUCCCUUCAUUCUUUCAUGUAUUUGGUAUUAUUAAAUCUCCCUUUUAAUUGUAAGGCAAAAAUGUGACCACUCUUUUGAAAAUACCUUGACGAAAGUUUUUUUUAAAACCACCUCCCGAACGAAUGAACGUAAUAAUAAUUAAAUAUGGACGUUUUAAGUUCACAGACAGUAGUUAAUAGAACGGUUCUUAUUAACAAUUUUCAUAAGAAAAUGUAUCACUUUUAUUCCUAAGACCUUUACGUCAAUAAAUUCCUAGAAAUGCUCUUUCGACCAUGUUAAUAACGCGUAUACUCAAGGCCGUUCUAUGGACAUAAUUACGUCAUCGAACACGAACAUCGAUCGAUCCUCUAGGCAGGACAUAAUCGUUAAUGAACACGUCAUGUCGUGUGACGCAAUCGGUUGUUCGAUUUAGUGAACGUCAUUUGAAUCUCGAUUAUUUUUCUUGUUGUGACGCAUACCCGUCAGAAAUAUCUCUCUUCUA